GAAGCAGUAGUAAGAGCCAGGCCACCGCCAUAGCCGCUCCCCGGGCAACGAAGGAGGAGAAACCGGCGUACCAUUCUCUUUUUCCUUUUUUCCUUUCUCUUUUUCUAUCUUUCUCUCUCUUGAUUCCGCCGAAGCGGCGUUACGCGUUCCACGGGGUGACGUUCUAACCUGUACCAACCAACCCUUAACGAAACGGUGGCUGCCCGCUCGGUUUCCGGCAGCGCCGUUUCGAAACGCCGAACGAGGGACAGCCGUCAGUGGAUCAUGUGACGCGUACACCACUCGACGGGUUCUCGUGUCUACUCGUUCGACCCGCGUGUUAACCAGCGAUGACAACGGGCGAACGGUGUUGCUGACGACGCGACGUCGCGACCCUUCGUCUUCGAUUCGUCGCUCGCUGCGUGGAACGUGGACGACGCGACGGCCGGUGGACGCCGAUGCCAGGGGUUUAACCUCGUUUCCGUGGCAUCUCAGGGCCCUGCGGGAUAUCACGUUUGGCUCGUGCGAUGUUCAAACUCCUGGCUAAGGGACUCCUCGAUUCGUUUCAACCCCGGUGAUCGCGGGGCUCGCUCGAAGAGGCGGACGCGAGUUCACACGACGAUACCGGUUCAUCCCGUCCGCGGUCUCGACCGGUCGAACGCGAUGAUAAUCGGUUAACGAGACGCUGAACGACUCGAAGCGGUGAAUGUGGACCGCGAUGGUGAUCAAUUAUCGCUGCCGAAUAUGAGUUACUGUGUAAGGUGAUUUAAAUCUAUCCGGGAUUAGUGCCGGUCGUCCUGGGUGCGAGACCGUUUCAAAUCGUCGUUUGGCAGAUUAACGAGCUUUGUCGCAGUUUGAAAACAGUGACCCUGAGUGGAGACAAGCCGCGCCGACGUUGCUGUUGUCAACUGAUCUCUCUUUUUUUUUUUUAGCGUGGGACGUCGUCGACGUGUUGCGGUUAGGCCGUCGUGUUGCAGCGGCUUGAAGAGGAUUUAACGCGUGAAUGAAUGGAAAGGAUGUCGUAAAUACUGUCCUCGGUGAGGAACAGCGAUGGAGUGCACACGUGUUGCUCGAAUAUAAAACAGUCAAUUUAUAUGGGGGCCGCUGUUUCACGGUCUCCGUUUGUUCGGUCAAAAAGUUACGCGAAAUUGUGCAACGUGCGAAUCGAUAUAAUUUCCGGGGGACGUUUUGAGCGAUCGGGAUCCGCGUCUCGGUGGUGUCGGCGUCAGGUACGUGUUUCGUGUGCCAUUGGAUGACCUUAACCUUUCGCAUUUGAGGAAAAAAGAACUAGUCAAGGGAUUUGACGUCGGUUAACCACCGCGGAGGAGUGAAAGUUCCAGAAAGAAUUCCCCAACCCGACGGAUCUAAUUGAACUAUUCUCUGAUCCUCUCUCUCCUCUCACCCGCGGGCGAGAAUUCUCAUAAGUAAAUAAGAAACCGAACGACCACAGCAUUUUUCUACCGCGAUUUCCAUCAGGCACGCCAUGCGAUUUCAUCGAUCGACAAAUCGUAAUGCAAUUAUCAAGUGUCUUUUAAGCGCUAAGUAUCUACCAUCGACAUCGAACGAGUCUUUUUAAUAAGAAGAACGCAAUAAGAAAGACCGUGGAAACCCAUAACUACGUACAAUCACUAAGCUCUUUUAAUAUUGUACAUAGCGUCAUUCACCAGCUUCCAAAUACUCGCAAACGAUAAGAACAGAUGUAUCGAAAUUUUUGAGUAGAUAAGAGAAAAUACUUCUUGCUAAUUCAUAACGGACACGUGAACAUUAGCCGGCAGGCGCGAGAGCACGGAAUUCACCUUAAGCCGCGGGAUCGCAGUGCUCGCGCCGAAAGCCGCAUCCUCCGAUCGAGCCUUCGCUCGGAGAUUGUCCAUCGGUUUCCCAUAUCGAGGAAGUACCCGUUAGAUCCUCGAAGAGGUCGAAUCGAGAGUAAAUUCAACUGGUUGCAAGAUAACACACGGCACGGGAGGCCAGCCGGGGUAAAGUGCGAGGAAGUGUAUCUUCGCUUCUGUUCCUUUGAGGAUCGCGAUGUGAGUGUGUCGGAUCGGAUCGGUCUCGCGUGUUCGCCGAGAAUAAGGAUAUAAGCAAAUACGUACACGCACACACUUUCAUCCCGCGAGUGACGAGGUGUCGUCGCUCGUAGAAGCCGGCGUCGCGUCGCGUACCAUCACGUCGAUUCGUCUCGAUGAUCGAUCGACGACGCAGUCUCCGUGUUACUCUGGAUCGAUUUCACGGGGGUUGCAUCCGAUGCGGAGGGGCUUGCUCGCCUUUCGACCGUCCGCGUCCGUCCGAUAUUUCGGCGAGUGCCGCGCAGCGGGAUGAACAGCGCUAGCAACAGCAACGUGCUCGAACGUCAGUGUGGGUGCCGGGGCACGAUACACUGUUCAGAGGAAAGCUGAGCAUCUCAGAGGCGGUGGUGUGUCAAGCGAGCAAAGGACGAAGGGGUAGAGAGUAUCGAGAGUACCGUGUCCUAGACGGAGAAGUACAGGGCAAGCACGUGACAUGAGUGCCGUGGCUUGAGACACUUGUUGCGCAACUGUUGCCCCCUUAAAGAGUCUGCCACAAGGUUGUAUUUCGUCACUGGGACGGUGAUUAGUCAACGCUGGAACCAAAAGCGGAAAGACGUGGAACAGAAAAAGCGUAAAACGACGGAUCAAGGGCGUGAAAAAGAGAAACAGAGAGAAAGAGAGAGAGAGAGAAAGGGAAAGGAAGAGAAGGAGAGACAGGUACAGGAUCAGGAAGAAGCUACGCGCGCACGUGACGUGAAUUCUCGCCUUUACUCAAAUAGUACUCGCGACGCGUCGUCGGUCGCGGGUAAGUGUUUACGUUAUCUCGUGUUCGAAGCUCGUCCGUGAAAAGCGAUGGAAAAUCCGCGAGUGGUAAACCUGUGAUGCGCUCGUCGUCGCCGAUUUGUCGUCGCCGGUUCGCGACUGCGUCGCGUGACUCGAUUCCGAGUCAGUGAAGUCCGUACCGUUUCGAAUCUUGUCGCGCGUACCGAUACAACGCGGAAACCCGAUACCGGGGAGAAUAUGAGCGCGAUCGUGGCCUCGGAUCGGUGACACCGGUCGCCGUUUCAUGUGCGUGGCUAUCGUCGCUGGUUACUCCUAGUUGGCAGACUAUCAUACGACCGACGGAUAUCCUCGUUUAGUGGAUAUCGUCGGUCUCGCAGACGGCGGUGUUCGGUGAGGACGGGAGGGAGGGAAUACCGGAAGGCUGGAUCACCUCCGUGGAAUGUCUUCGGGCGCCAAGCGACUGGUGCAGUCGCUUCGGGGCCGUAGCGGGGGCGGCAGGGGCAGCGGCGGCGGUGGUCGUGGGGAUGCUGGCGGCGGGGAAGGAACAGGCGGUGGUGGCGGCGGCGGCGCUAGCACCAGCGCGACCAGAUUGUGCCAUUACGACAGCGGUCACGAGCUCGACGAGAUCUCGGUGGUCGGCGGUACCAUCAGGGGCAGCGAGGGCCUUCCCACCCCCACGACGCCCUGUCAUUGCGGCGGCCACAAGUAUGACAGUCGGCAGACGCUUUACAGCAUCACCGGCCUGGUACCCCCUGCGCCAGCUGCACCUGCGCAUGGAGUCCAGUCAGGCGUGAUCAUAGGGAGUGGCGGCGGAGUAAAAGACCGGUACAGCGGCGGUUCGAUUUCCGCUUUGAGCUACAGCGGCGAGAGGGUCCGUGAGGACAGGCAAGGGAGGAUCGUCGACGGUAGGAGCAGAAUCAGGAGGGAGAAGGACGAGGACACGAAGAGCGCGGACUUCGUAUCGAGGGCCGCCAUACCGUCUAAGCAGAGCCUCUUAGAACUGGUCAGCAGCAAAUGCAUGAGCCGCCACACGCCUACGCAUCAUUACUAUCAUCAGCAACAGCAGGUGUACUCCGUGCCGCAGCGAUACUUCAGCUCGUCCCGCGAUUCGCUUCACGGUGCUUACGUGAACCGUGGCGCGAGCGAGCUCGACCUAAGCCGGAAACCGAAAAGGAGGGACCAGCUAAGGGGUAGAUUCAAACUGCCGUACACAGUAUCGCGCGACCAGUCCCAUCUGCACACCCCGGCGUCCGUCAAUCAUCUGAGCAACGCCAGCUGCAACGGCACCGAGACGAGGUACACUGUGCAACAGCAACAGCAGCAAAGGGGUAGCAGGGGUUAUCCCGGACAAGCAGGAUCAAAGGGUUUUCGCACGGGUGCUCCUAAUUGGUCCUUCAUCUUCGAUCCUGCGGGACGUCUCUGUUACUACUGGUCGAUGGUAGUCUCGCUCGCUUUUCUCUACAACUUCUGGGUCAUCAUCUACAGGUUCGCCUUCCAAGAGAUAAACGGUGAAACGCGUUGGGUGUGGUUCUGCUUGGACUACUUUUCCGAUUUUUUAUACGUACUGGACAUAGUGUUUCACAUACGAACGGGAUACCUAGAGGACGGUGUGUUGCAGACCGACGCGACGAAGCUAAGGAAUCACUAUACAAACAGCACUACGUUUUACAUGGACAUCCUGUGCCUGCUGCCCCUCGACUUUUUAUACUUAUCUAUAGGAUUCAACAGUAUACUUCGAAGUUUUAGGCUCGUAAAAAUAUACCGGUUCUGGGCGUUCAUGGACAGAACCGAGCGACACACCAACUAUCCGAAUUUAUUCCGCUCCACCUCGUUGAUACAUUAUUUACUAGUGAUUUUUCACUGGAACGGGUGCCUCUAUCACAUUAUUUAUAAGAACAAUGGCUUCGGGAGUAAGAACUGGGUAUUCAGCGACUCCGAGACCGCGGACGUUGUGAAACAAUAUUUGCAGAGUUACUACUGGUGCACAUUGGCUCUCACCACUAUCGGCGAUCUGCCCAGGCCGAGGAGCAAGGGCGAAUAUCUGUUCGUGAUAGCUCAGCUGUUGUUCGGUCUGCUGCUGUUCGCCACGGUUCUCGGACACGUGGCCAACAUCGUAACUUCCGUCAGCGCUGCCAGGAAGGAGUUCCAGGCAAAACUGGACGGCGUGAAAACAUACAUGAGGAUGAGAAGGGUGCCCAAGCAUCUUCAGGUGAAAGUGAUUAAAUGGUUCGACUACCUUUGGCUAACACAAAAAUGUUCGGACGAGGAGAGAGCCGUCAGUUGCCUUCCCGACAAGCUGAAAGCCGAGAUCGCGAUAAACGUGCACCUGGAUACGUUGAAGAGGGUGGAAAUUUUUCAGAACACAGAGGCUGGUUUCCUAUGCGAGCUCGUGUUAAGACUGCGACCCGUUCUCUUCUCACCUGGCGACUAUAUCUGUCGCAAAGGUGAGGUAGGCAAGGAGAUGUACAUAGUGAACAGAGGCCGGCUGCAGGUGGUUGCCGAUAACGGGAAGACGGUCCUCGCUACCCUUAAAGCGGGUUCCUACUUCGGGGAGAUCAGCAUUCUCAAUAUGGGGACUGCAGGUAAUCGGCGAACAGCCAGCGUACGCUCGGUGGGCUACUCGGACCUCUUCGUCCUCAGCAAGAAGGACAUGUGGGACGUUCUCAAGGAGUAUCCCGCGGCCAGGAUCAGGCUCGAGGCGAUUGCAGUCAAGCGGCUGGAGAAGUACAAGAGGGCUCCACUCGAGAAAGCCGCAAUGGGACGAUGCCAGAGCACGCCGGGUCUCGUGGAGUCGAAAGGUCGUAUACCGUUGGAGGAGAUGUGGGUCUCGGCGAUGGAGACGAAGUCGGUUCACGCUUACUCGACCAGCCGUACGUUAUUUUCGCCCAGCCCGAGCCCCGUGACGGCGCGCGGUUUGACCAGCACCGGGGACAGCGCCCACGUUGCCAGGAGAACGGAGAGCCCGAUGAGUGCCGCCAGCAGCCACAGCAGCGAGGAGCAAACCGGCAGGGCUCCGCAGUCCGCAACUACUCAACCCUCAACGGGCGCGAUUAGCAGCAUGGCGCACUUAGACAGCGAAGGUGCGACGCCGCUUUUAGGCACUAACGAAGCUUUACUGGCCGAGAUUAAACGUCUUCGGGAACGUUUAAUUUGUUUGGAGUCAGAGAACGCGGCGAUGAGCGCUAAGCUGAAUCAACAGCAGUGGGAAGUGGAGAAUCGAUUGGCCGAAAUCGAGAUGCAGAUCUGCCGCACUAGCUCGUCCUCCAGCUUGGAGGACAACAACGAGAGAAAUCGGGAAAGGUACAUAAUGGACGACCGAGAGGAAUUCGAAGAAGCGAGGAUUUCCGGGAGAUCAAGCGACACGAAAUCAAUUGGUAGCCUUAGUCAACAUUUCUUCGAGAGCGACGAGGAAGAGAAGUAUUUCGGGACGUGCAACGGUUACGCUUCUCAGCCUGGCAGCAAGUCGAAUUUGCUGUUAUGCAGCGAAUGCGACCAGAAGACCCGUACUUGCACGUACAGGCCGCAAACGCCCGGCUCCUACAGCGUCAGAUACGUCGAGGAGCGCUUCGACGACCGAGCCGCUCAAGAGCCGGGAACGUCUCGCAUGUACAGAAGCCCGGUCCACUCCUCGCCGCGGUCUCUGUACCACGAGCAGGAUUACAGCGGUCAGUCGUCCUCGCCCAGGUCGAUGUACCUCGAACAGGAUUAUCGUUGGUCGAGGAAGUACGAUCAGGGAAGGGAUUACGAGGGCGGGAACGCGGUGCGGGACGACGAGGACGACGACAGUCCCAUCUGCGAACUUUGUCACGGGAACGGUCAACUUGCUCAGUGCGAGCACUGCGACUUUUCCAGCGACGGUGAUCUAAUAUGCUUCCGGUGUCAGAGCGAGGGCUCGAACGGGUCGAACGGUCAGAGUUGCCCCCGCUGCGAGAGGAUGAGUAGAUUAGGAUCGCAGAGGGGGGCGACGUCGUCCAGCGACGAAGGCAAGUACCCGGUGGACGCCGUGGUCAAAAUUCAAGUUAACGAUCGGAGCAUAGACGUGGACUCGGACGAUACAGCCGACAGCGAUGUGUCGAGCAGCCAUCAUCACCAGAGGAGCACGGUGGAGCGGCUGGAUACCAUCGUCGAGGCAAAAGGAGACACUGCCAGUGAAAAUGACGAGGAAAACGGCGGUACAAAGAUAAAUGGAACUAACAGCGCAAGAUAUCUCAAUUAUAUGAUCGUACUGUUUCUGUAAAUAAAUGGUAAAGGUAGCUGCAGUUGAGCUAUGGAUUACGUUGGUAAAUGGAGAGUAUUGUUCUGUUGAAAAAUUAGGUUCAGAUAUAUGAAAUAUUGUUAUAAUAUCAUACUAUUCGUGCUAGUAGUAUUAAUAGUAUACUAUUAUAACGUUCCCAGCUCUGUAAAAAUAUAACAUUUUUAUAGAAUCGUCCUACAUCGGAUUUGAACUAAAACGGCAUAAUACAAAGUAUAGUGUCCACCAUCGAACUAUAAAUGCAUAGUGCAACUAGAAUUCCAAUAAAUAUUCAAAUAUUUAUUUUAGAAAGCUGUAGGCAGCUGUAUUUACGUUACGUAGAACCCUAAUUUCUAAUAACAAUAAGAGAUGAAUUAUUUUACUGUGUACCAUAAAAUUAGACAUUAUAAGAAUUGACGAUUAUGCUCUUUUAGUCAUUACAUUUGCAAUACUUGUGUACAGAAUUCAAACGAUUGGCUUUACACAUUGCUCAACAACGAAACUCUCCAUCGAAGACGAGAACAUUUUCGAAAGUGUUUUUUAACAGUGAUCGCAGCUUUUAAAAAUGUUCCGCGCUUCACUGCUCGUCAAGACAUCGAAAUUCGUUGCCGUAUGGUAUUUUCGGCGCCGUGGCUCAACUCGCAUGUAAAUAAACUGCCAAAGGAACAUUCAUUCGUAUCGUUGUAGGGCCGUAUAGUUUAAUGGUUUAAUAGGUAACUCGUAAUAAUAUCAAAGAAAAAAAAAAAGAAAUAUGAGGCGAAUGAGAGAGUGAAGCGAGAAAGGGAGAAAUCUCUUACGUUAUGUUCGACGCGCGCAGUGUUGCCGGGAGCUGAGAUCCGUAAUGCAACGAUCGAAACGAUACCAUGCGCGACUUUUAGAAUGGGUUUGUGCAGAAAUCGAAUUACUCUUGAACCUGCAUUUCAAUUUUUCUCAAUCUUUUUCGCCCCCAAAAAAUGUUUACUUAAAAGAGAGAUUUCGUGUUUUCUUAAAAAUAAAAAUAAAUUGAAAGAAUCGCUGUAUAAUGCUUAGUUACGUUGAACGAAAAGAGAACUAGUCUAUACGAUUGUUAUUCUAUAAUAUAGAUUCUAAUCUAUUUAUUGUACUUAUCGUGUAUUAAUUGCCAUAAAGAAUUGCGUGAAUGUGUUAAGUGUAGAAUACGUUUGUAUUGUACGAUAUCUCAGACGUUUCGGUUAUCAACUGAUAAAGAUUUGUACACAAACCUGUACUAACUCAUGUUCGGGACCAACUAAAGCCACCAUCUGCAUCACUGCUUCCAACUUCUACUUUCAUUUCCGGUCAUUACUCUCUUUACAUUAUUUUCAAUCUAUAACAUACAAAAAUAAAAUAGAAUUUUCUAUUCAUACCCUUCGAUUAUUGAAGUUACUUUAAAUUAUAUGAUUUACAUUAUCAGAUUUAGUUUUAUUGUCAGAUUGGUGAAUAAGUCGUCUAGGAAAAAUAUGAAAUAAUACAUGAAUUCUUUAAAUUUUACAAUUAUCUACGUACAUUCUUUUCAAUGCGCCGGAAACUAAAAUACAUAAGAAUUUCGAAUAUACAUAUAUAUAUUUCGACCAGAACAAAGCAGCUAUAACGAGUCGUAUUAUCAGCUUUGAAAGUUCAAUUGAGGUAAACGACAAUUAAAUUCCUUAUCCUCGUACCAAAAAACACAAAAUAAGAAAAAAAAAAAGAUAUUUCUCCUUGAGGGCCUCAACGGGACCGAAUUUCCCCAGAUUCGAAAAAUCAAAACGGGAUCACGACCCUCCUUCCUCAAUUUCACAUCAUAAUUAUAUUUAUGUACCUAGAUUUCAUACUAGACACAGAUUUUCAUCGUUUACGAGCCCUAUCGCAUACGUUCUAUGUUGAAUUGAAAUAGUAUCGUAGCCAGUGUUGCGAGAAUAUAUACAUACACUUCUCUUUUAACAAAUGAACAGUAUUAUCAACAUCCGAACAUAAAAUAUAAUUGAAAUUACUUGAUCCAUUUAAUUAUUAGAUUAAAACGGUGCCAAAACAAAAAUAUGGAAAUGUAAUUUUCAUGAAUAUCUUAUAUGAUACAUUUGUGCGUGCAUUUUGGUCUCGCAACACAGAAUACGAUUUUUUGGAGGUAGUGCCAAAUAUAUUUUUUCCAUAGAUAGUUCGAACAAGGUGAAAAGUGCAAACACUGCACGCAUUAAGUAUCAGUAACAUUUAAUUACGGGGAAAGCAAGCUCCAGACUCGCCCGUUUGUAUCAUAAAAAAA